AUGACUUCAAAACGAGAUAUCAAAUUUGUGCGAACAGGUGCUAACCAAACUAGAAAGAAUUUGGAUCUAUUGAAUUGUUUAAAAUGGUGCUUCGUCUUGGUUUCUUUGCUCCCAUCCUCAGGCUCGGCUGUUGAAGGAGAAGGAAUUUAUAAAGAUGGUCAAAUUAUUAUUGGCGCUCUGUUAGAAGUUCGAAACCAAUAUGAGAACGGUUUAUGUCGCGGGAUUUCACGUYAUGGGCUUUCUAUGUUGGAAGCAAUGUUAUAUGCCAUAGAAUCCAUAAACAAAGAAAAGUCCYUCUUGCCAAAUGUGACCUUGGGAUAUGAUAUYAUAGACGUUUGUACAAACCCAGCAUUGGCAAAUAGAAUGGCCUUUGAGUUUGUUUCUAGAAAUAAAGCUACAAAACUCAAGUUCCAACACAAUGACACUUCUGAAACCUUUCAAAAGUACUUUGGAAUUCUUCGGAAGCCGAUUGCAGCAGUAGUAGGAACUGGAGAUUCCAGCAGCUCUGUAGUUGUCGCCAGUAUGUUGAACAUUGAUGAUAUUCCUCAAGUCAGCCCGUUUGCCACUAGUGACGAACUCAGUCAACCCUAUUUCAAGACUUUUUUCAGGCCAGUUCCACCAGACGGACAACAAGCCAAAGCCCUCGCUGACCUUGUAGACUAUUUCAAAUGGCAAUACGUUUACGUAGUUGGUGUUGAUACGUCGUAUGGGAGAUACGGUCUGAUGGCCUUUGAGAAUGAAGCAUUACAAAGAGGCACGUUUUGCAUAUCUCACAUAUCCUACUUCCCCUCAUCCGGUUACCAGCAAAUAAUGAAAUCGAUAGCUUCAAAAAUCAAACUUGAGACAUAUGUGAAAGUGCUAGUCUUAUGGAGUCCCAUGCCUACUUCGACUCCUUUUAUAGAAGAAGCGUACAGGCAGGGCAUUACUGGAAAAACUUGGCUUGCACCUGAAGGUUGGUCCGAGGCAACACCUCUCUUAAAAAACAAAUACAUGAAAAUAAUUGGAGGAUUUAUGGGAACAAAACUGCGAAAGUAUAACCUAGAAGGAUAUUUUCACCAUUUCACCAGCUUGAACUAUUCAUCUGCAAGAGUUCAGCACCAUACUUGGUGGAAAGAGUACUGGAUGAUCCAACAGAAAUGUAAAAACAUUUUAACAUGCGACUUUCAGAACUUUCGCAUCACCAAACGACGAUAUGAAGACAUGUAUACUGCUUACCUCCCUUACGUCAUCGACUCAGUAUAUGCAAUUGCUCAUGCUCUACAUGAUAUAUACCGCUGCCGUGGGAAUGGUUGCCCAAGAACUGAACCWUUUAUUGAUACAAAAGACAUUUUGAGAUAYAUGCGCAAUGUAACSUUCGAAGGAGUAACGGGRAAAAUUGAGUUUGAUAAAAAUGGAGACUCCAUUAGUUCGGCCGCYUAUGAUAUUGUUAAUUUACAUGCAGGGACUACUGCCCCACAGUUGAAGACCAUCGGCACCUGGGAUCGAGGCAAAGCAAGGCGAUUAAAUAUAAGCAAUAGUUCAUUGUAUUGGAACACCGGCACUAGCAAGGUUCCAGUAUCGGUAUGCAGCAAAACUUGUCCACCAGGGUACAUGCAGACAGUGAAAGUGGMAUGCUGCUGGAAGUGCAUCCGCUGYCCAUUUGGYUCUAUUAGUCAGAAGUAUAGCUCCUCACAAUGUACGGAGUGUCCGAUAAACAAAAUGCCYGACCAAGAUCGGACAGAGUGCAUUGACUUGCCWGAARUGAAUAUCUCAUUUYAUGAUUCUCAGUCCAUUGUYCUCCUYGUGGUGGCGGSCAUCGAGCUUAUUUURGUUCUCUUUGUCCUKUWCAUCGGCUUGAAAUAUCGAAAUACGCCAAUUGUCAARUCUUCCAAUCGAGAAAUGAGYGUCUUMUUUCUUYUCGGUAUAGUCGUUGGUAUAGUAUCUGGASUUAUCCUCCUUGCUCGMCCUACACCGYUGAUAUGUUAUUUAGACAACCCGCUCCACGCGCUCUACUAUACGSUAUGUUUGUCCAUUYUAAUCGUCAAGACCAACAAGUUGGUUMGAGCGUUUGAAUUGAAUUUUGCCACAUCAAGAAUUAGUCAGUUUUGUACCGGUAAGAASUCGCAAUUUGUCMUUCUGUUCUUUUUGAACGUGAUAUCAAUAGUACUGGUGACAAUGUGGCAUGUACUCGACCCUCCUUACGUUCACGUUACAAUGGAGCGUUUGAAAUCMAAGCACUUAGGAUGCAGAGGACAUAAGGGAACUGUUGGCYUUGCUCUUCAAGCAUCAUUGUAUGCAUACCAGUUUAKYCUGUCCAUCSUCUGUGCUUACUACGCGUUCAAGGCCAGGAACCUACCAGAAAACUUUAGUGAAGCACGUUACAUUGCAUUUGCAAUGUACAUGCAGCUUCUGUGUUCGAUGUGCUAUGCUAUAUUGCAAAACACUGCAAAGGGAAAUUUUUUAACAAUCUUCUCUUCAGCAAUCAUAAUUCUAAGUUCAUUAGGUUUUCUGGUGUGUAUGUUUGCUCCAAAGGYUUACAUCAUUCUGAAAUUCCCUGARAAAAAUACAGCGGAAUAUUUGAAAGCGUCUGUGGCAAGUCACUCUUUUAAUCAGAGAAACCUAAAAAUCGUACCCCUUGGUGUUGCUACGGGAACAGAUGUCUGUCAUGGCAACAUCAACCUUAGCGAAACAAUCACCAAUCGUCAAUCAAACGUUCUUGGCAGUGGAACCGUGGAGGUCAGRGAAUUUAGUGGAGACCCCGAUGGAGUUGCCAUGGUAACAGAAGAUUACAAAUGCUAUUACAACCCCGAUAUGGCUUUUAAAGAAGAGAAGAUAGAAGAGCAUUGUCUCGAUAAAAUCUCCAGUACCUUUAUGAAGAAACAGAGAGGUUCAGAUGUCCCCACAAAUGCGAACAGUUUUGAGGGAACCAUUUCUGACAGUCACAAAAUGAAUAUUUGGAAGCAGAAGAACAACAAUCGUGGCCAAUCGCAAUCAGCUUCUAAAGAAAAAGGGGUGUCUGAAUAG